AUGAGAUUCGUACUGGCACUUAUCGUCAGCUCUUCCAUCCAGAGCAACUAAUCACCGGAAAGGAAGAUGCUGCCAACAACUAUGCCCGUGGACAUUACACCAUUGGCAAGGAGAUCAUUGACUUGGUGUUGGAUAGGAUUCGCAAACUGGCUGACCAAUGUACAGGACUCCAAGGAUUUUUGGUCUUUCACAGCUUUGGAGGAGGAACUGGCUCAGGAUUUACUUCCUUGCUGAUGGAACGUCUCUCUGUUGAUUAUGGCAAGAAAUCCAAAUUAGAAUUUGCUAUUUACCCAGCUCCACAGGUCUCCACAGCUGUGGUGGAGCCCUACAACUCAAUCCUCACCACACAUACCACCCUUGAGCACUCAGAUUGUGCUUUCAUGGUGGACAACGAAGCCAUCUAUGACAUUUGCCGACGAAACCUUGACAUUGAGCGCCCCACCUACACCAAUUUGAACAGGUUGAUAGGCCAGAUUGUGUCCUCCAUCACUGCCUCUCUGCGCUUUGAUGGGGCUCUGAAUGUAGACCUGACAGAGUUCCAGACCAAUCUAGUGCCCUACCCUCGUAUCCAUUUCCCUCUGGCUACCUAUGCUCCGGUCAUCUCUGCAGAGAAGGCCUAUCACGAGCAGCUUUCUGUGGCUGAGAUCACAAAUUCUUGCUUUGAGCCUGCUAACCAGAUGGUGAAGUGUGACCCCCGCCAUGGCAAAUACAUGGCCUGCUGCCUUUUGUAUCGAGGGGAUGUGGUGCCUAAAGAUGUCAAUGCUGCCAUUGCUGCCAUUAAGACCAAGCGCAGCAUCCAGUUUGUAGACUGGUGUCCUACAGGCUUUAAAGUGGGCAUCAAUUACCAGCCUCCCACUGCAGUUCCUGGGGGAGACCUAGCCAAAGUUCAGCGGGCAGUGUGCAUGCUGAGCAACACCACAGCCAUUGCUGAGGCCUGGGCCCGCCUGGAUCACAAGUUUGAUCUAAUGUAUGCCAAGCGGGCCUUCGUGCACUGGUAUGUUGGGGAAGGGAUGGAAGAAGGGGAGUUCUCUGAGGCUCGUGAAGAUAUGGCCGCUCUAGAGAAGGAUUAUGAAGAGGUGGGCCUUGAUUCAUAUGAAGAGGAAGAGGAGGGAGAAGAAUAGCUAUAAAUGCUCUACUUUGUCUGGACCGUCUUCUUCAUUAAAGCAAGCUUGACUUGUAUCUAAACUACAGUGAUGUGUUUGUCCCAGACAGAAUUCACAUGGAGCAUUUCUUAUCUAAUGCAAUUUUUGCUCAGAGCUUGUCUAGUAGUUCUGGCUGCCUUACUUGACAAAGGAAAUAUAUGUAAUUGUAAACUGAACAGCAUAGCCUAAAAAACACACCAUCUCUACUGAUAAUUUUGGCAAAGUAAUAAAAUUUUCGGUUACAAUAUAGACUUUGCACAUUACCUUGAAACAAUUAUGUCUGCACCCAUUCGAUAUCACUUCCCACAAAAGCAAAUUCAUCUUUUGAUACAAAACUUUAAAUCAAAGAAUGAGGACAUUUUGAUUUAAAAUAAGAAUUGAAUUAGUUGAAGAAACUGAGCUUAUUUCUGAACAAUAAAUUAUUCACCUAUUUUCCA